AUGCCUCCCCAUCGCACCAACAUUAAUACUCAAGAGGAUGAAAUCCGUCCCACUAAUGGGAUGAGGACACGUGACAGAGCUCACACUUCAGAACCUGUCCCUACUCUUGGAGUCUCUCCAGUACCAACCAAUCCACCUAGGGCGCUAUGGACCAAUGUUAACCGUCCCUCGAUUACUCAGAGAGAUAUUUCGAAUGCAGAAUUUAGACAAUCUAUUCAUAUGCUGACACAGUUGGUGGCUAAUCAGGCCCAACAAUCAGAAGAUGUUGGGUCUACACCUGUUAUAUCUGAAGCUACUAAGGUGGGUCAUUUCAUGAGAAUGAACCCGCCUAAGUUUACUGGCACUAAAGUAGAAGAGAAUCCGCAAGAGUUCACAGAUGAAAUGGAGAAGAUUUUUAGAGUGUUGCAUGUGGAACAAGUGGAAGGUGCCGAACUAGGGGCUUAUCAGCUAAAGGAUAUUAAGGAGAAAAAGAAAAAAAAGAUAGUCGAGUCUAGAGAGAAGGAAAGGCAAGCGAAGAGAGCCAGAUUAGCGGAUCAGAACCCCAGUCAGCAGCAGGGUGGUAAUUGGGGUAACAAGUGGCAACAUAAAAAGUUUUGGGACAAGGCACAAUCUGCAGCUAGCGCCCCAGCACCCAGACCCCCAGUUGAUAGAUGCCCCCAGAGUUUUCAAACUAGUCAUGGACCCAGAGCUUGGGAUACUCAGUCGCAGGGUAGUGUGGCACAACAGCAUCAUACUUUUCCACAGUGCAAGACUUAUGGUAGGAAUCACCCGAGAAAGUGUCAACUAGGCGCAUUUGUGUGUUAUUCUUGUGGUCAGAUGGGCUACUUCCAGAGAGAUUAUCCCUCCGCUAGGAGGAAUAUUGGUGGAGCUAAGUCUCAGGAAAACUCUUCCACACCACCACCACCCCAAAAGGGUGCCACUAUAGGUGUUGGGAGCGAUCGCAAUCGGUUAUAUGCGUUAACCAACCGACAGGAGGCAGAAUCCUCACCAUAUGUUGUCACCG